AUGGCACGCGAAUCAGAUCCUAGCUGGCUCUGGGAUUGGCUGUGGGAUUCUAUUUUCACCCCAGGCAAGCCUUUUGACACCAAACACUGCAUUAUUGCCCUCACCACUAUCUACGUUCUUUACAAGGUCCUCAAGACGAUGGGCAUCGUCCUUGUGCCCAUGACAAUCCUCCUCGCCGACUGCCUUGUCAGCUUGGCCGUACUAAUCACUCUCGUCGUCCCUAUGUUCAUCUUUUUUCUUCGGGAUGUACUCAAAAGCCUCCUCUGGCCAUUCUUCUGGCCAGUGUGGACUGUUUGGGAGUAUCUUACGAUGCCGAGCAUCCUUACAACCCUUGCCAUGAUCAAAUCUAUGGCUUGUCAAGCGAUGGAAAUGGUGAGAGAAUAUCUCAUUUCUACACAAGACGAACUAUCCGAGAUCACAGGUGCUGAAUUUAGAAAUAAUGACGCACCAGACGGAAACAUAACCGGCAUCCAACCCAGCCAUACUGGUGCAGAACAGCGGAUGAGACAGCGGGUCGAGGAGGACAAUACCACGAGACAAGCUCAAGUCCUCAACGAGCAGAAUCGGAUUGCUGAGGCAGAAAACCAGAGAUUGAGAAUAGCGAAUGAGAGAAGGAGAAUCGAGAAUGAAAGGACUGGCUUAGUCUGGGAAGGCCUUCAAUCAAGAGGGCUAAUAAACCGUCAACGCCUCCGAGAACUGAAUCGCCCUAGACUGCUUGAUGCUUCCAGGCCUGGCGAGGCGACAUUAGCUGGAAGUUUUAGAGCCGGCGGCCCCGUAUCUCUGCCUCCGGCCCAUGAGCCUGCCCCGGGACCUUCAACUACACCGGGAUCUUCAACUACAGCAGGGCCUUCAACUAUACCAGGACCUUUGACUAUAAUGGGACCUCUAACUGUACUGGGAACUUUGACUGUACUGGGACAUCCAACUACACCAGGAUCUCCUCCUCCUCCGCCGGGACCUUCUCCUCCUCCUGCACCGGGACCCCCUCCUACACCAGGAUCUCCUCCUACGCCGACUCCUCCAGCCCGUCCUCCUCUACCAGUCCCGGCUCCUGCUGAUACAAGACAUAUUCCGAGAGGACAAGACAUCAAAAGAGCCUGGGAAGAAGGAUGGUACAAAACCCUAGGACCGAGACGUACUGUGGUCAAGAAUGCGAGCACGCAAACGGAGCCAACAGAUCUUGCUAGCCGUGGCAUGGAGGCAAAGCCCUUAGAGCUGCCACCCCGAUCGUAUGUCAGUCAGGGUGUACAGACUGACCCGGUGGACACCCCCGUCCAAGAAGAGCCCGAGGCCUCAGUAGUUGUGCCAGAGCUUUUAGUCUCAGAGCCGAGUCCAGAUCCAGCUUCGCCUGAGGAUACGGACACACAAGCGUCUCUCGACAAGGGGAAGGCCCUCGAGGACCCCGAGCCAAGAGUCAACGCCAACUUGCUCAUUAUCCAAGAAAAUAGAGCUGAAGACGAAGUAAAGGAGCCAGAACACUCUGCUAUACCCUCACCUCGUCCCGCCUCUAUCGCACUUCCUGACUCGCCUGAGCCUACAACUGAUGCUGAACCUGAGCCCGUACAGACUCAUGCUACGGGCCUCGACCGUCCCACCGCCAUCCACUCAUCUGUUUCAGCUUUCAUGAGGUCUGCACGACUGUCUGCUGUAGGGACUUCGAGGCGAAAGGAGCGGGCGCCCAAGUCUUCUAUUGGCGGCGCAAAGUCAAAGGGGCAUAAGGAUACAAGUCGCCAAUCACGAAAGGGUGUUACUACCAGAAGUAGUAAAAAGGCCAAUACCGAAAGGUAUGAAGACAAAAGAGCGAAGAUGUACGAGAUGUCGAUGGGGCUGUUGGACCAACAACCUCCUAGUUCAUUCAAGUCUCUGAAGACCCAGCAAGUCAUUGAUACUACUACCACUUCCGCCAGCGUCCCUAUUCCCUCCACGCCCAUGUCACAUGACGACUCGAAACAUGAUAUUCAAGCAAGUCCUGUCGUUAGAGAUCUACUUACCCCUGAGCUUCCUUUGCCAGAGACUACUGAUCGUCAAGCUACUCCAGAGAAUCCAUCUGUCUCUAAUGUUUUGACUAGCGACUCCAUAGAUACAGCCUCGGGAGCCCAAGAUGUCCAAGGCGAAGCCCCUCUUCAGACCUUCCCGGAGCCCCUUUCAAGCGUCGUAUCCGCCGAGAAUGAGCCUCUCACGGGACACCAAUCUACUACAGUAGACCCAAGCACUGAGAGGAGCCAACAGGCUUUGACUAAAGCUUUGAUUGAAGCUUGUGAAAAUGCUUCUAAAGAGACACCGCUCGUCAAAGUCAAUGAAGAUGAGACAACCUUGCCCCCUGCUUUGAAACCGUUCCUUUCAAACACGCUGGGCCACUCUGUAUCUGAGGGAACAAGUAUAGGGCAGCAACCCAGCUCUCCUGGUCCUAGCUCCAUUCCCACACUUCGGGAGAUUGAAGACAUAGAUACUUCGCUCGAUGAGCUAAUCGCAGCAUCUGCCCAGCGCGUGUGCAGCGAAUCUGACGAGGAUAUAUAUGGGGAUAGCCUCGAUGGCCAUGAUGUGGUCGAAAACCAACAAGAACGCUUGGACGGAGGACCAGAAAAACAAGCCGCAAAAACAAACCCUCAGGACAGUGACGAAGAGAUGGGGACUUCCGAGCAUGGUGCCGCCGGUCUGGAGGAGCAGCCCUUCCCAGUAUCUGCAACGAAUGACGCCCAAAUGACCGAUGUCUGGCGGCCAAAUGAAGAUGAAACCAGAAGAAUAGGAGAAGCAUCUCAGGAUGUGUUUAAGUUCCUUAUGGAAGAAGAUGACGAAGACGCCUGGGAAGACAUGGAACCAGAAAGAGAGCCGUCAACGAGCCCGAUGAGAGAUAUAGAAGACGAAGAUCAACAGUCAAACAUCAAAGAUACUGCUAUGCAGGAUAUGCAGUUGCCUGCACCGCCGGCCAUUCCAGCCUUCACAUUUCAACAGCCAGGGGCCCCGACUAUCAAGAUAGGGAUGACUGAAGAGGAGGAAAAAGAGCUUGCAGAGGAGCUUAUAGACGCGUUGAUGGAAGACAGAGAGGAAGACGGCGAUGGCACACCCUCACAAGAUGUUCAACCUCCCAUUGCUCCCACUCAACCUUGUAUUUUCCCCCCUCAACCUAGUCCCCCUCAACCUCCUACUGCUCCCACUCAACCUUUUGUCUGGCCCUCUCAACCUCCCGUUUCUCCCUUUUCUCCCGUUUCUCCCCUGUCUCCCAUUUCUUCCAUUUCUCCCAGUUCUCCCAUUCAGCCUCCCUUGUCUCCAGGACGGCUUCUAGAGAAUUUUCGUGCUAGAGCCAAGGCAGCAGCAGCAGAACCGCAGACAGACAAAGAUAAGCCCUACAAGCCAGGCAUCACGGACAACGAUCCCAUUGAUCCAGUGAAAGAAGCUACUGCUGAACAGCGCGCUACCCGAAAGAUUGCGAAACCGAUGCUGCGAGCUUGUAAGAACACUCCCACGGUGUCGCAAGGGCAACCCCACACACAGCCAGGAUCAUUACAGCAAACGCCCUCCCAGGUAAAUGAAGACAGCAGAGCUGAUAUAGCGGAGAUGGACGAGGCGGCUCUCCGUCUAUUAGACCUCGCAGCUGGUGUCGGUAUUGUUGUCGGGAAUGAUGCUUCAAACCAGGCAGUGUCUCCUUCAGACAAGGACUCUAGUCAUAAGGAUACUGAUGCCCAUAUCACAAACAGUCAGAAAACCAAUACUCAUGAGACUAACAUACAGGAGUCAUCCAUCAGGGAUCAUGAAGUCGAAAGACCAACAGCAACGACUCUGCCAGAGGAACAGUCUGAACCAAACUCACAGCAACCUCAAAGCGCCUCUGCAUCUACCUUGCAAGCUGAAAGCCGACCCUCACUAGUUCAAAUAACGCUCACUCAAACACCAGCAGCCCCAAGCACAGCCGCAGCUCGGCAAAAUACUCCCACUGCGAACACAUCACCCAUCGUAGCGGGCCCCAGCAAUACGCAACAACAACCGAAUAUUCGCCCAGUGAUUGUAGGUGGACUGGCACUUCCAGGGGGCAACCCAACGCUUUAUAACCGAACAAGAACGGCCACACCAGCGCGUGUGAACUCCGGCCCUACCCCAGAGGAGUUUGCAGAGUUCAGCAGGAAACAACAGGAACGACUGACGACGCGAAGACGGAAUAAGCCACCACCCAGUGUCUUUAUGCAGCCGAGACGGCCAGCUCCAGCUCCAGCUCCAGCUCCGUCGACACCUCGCAGAAACUCUUCCACUCAAGGACGGUCGCCAUCACUGGCGACUACCAAUGAGGGCGAUGAGAAUAAGAAGGCUGAUAUGGAGGCGACGUUUGGUACCCCGGAUACUAAUAAAAAGAAACAAGGCCUAAAAAUCAUCGACAUCAGGAACGUCCCGAAUCAUAUAAGAGAUCAGAUGAAGGAACAUGAUGCCAAAGACGCCUAG